AUGUCUCAAGCAUUGGUCCAUAGGAAUGGUACCAUCUGGCGAGAAGUCGUCAUCAGAGCUGCCAAAUUGAGCCUCCUCGCAGCUCUCAUUUCUGCUUUAUCGUUAUGGUUCGAUCCAGAGCAGUGGAUUUACUUCGGUGCCGUACACUGCAUCUGUCUCAACAGUUUACUGACGGUCCCAUUCGUCAGAAGGCCGAAGACGGCUCUUGCUGGAUUCUUAUUCAUACAGACGUACACCAUGGCCUUUGGUGCUUGCCCGAUUGAGGUCCCGCUUGAGUUACCCACUCUAGAUGUCAUGCCUUGGUUCCACAACUUUGGCUAUUGCCUAUUGGGCGUGUGGCUGUAUAGCAAGGGUGUUCAUAAGCUGAGUUCGUGCAGUAUCAUACCAAAUACUCGUGUAUAUUUUGAAGACACCGUUAUGACUACAUUCGGUCGUCAUGUGAGUCUUCUGUUCGACCAGAUGAGACCUUAA